UGUACACACCACAUGUGCCGGUCCGGGUGCACUGGCAUGUGAAGCAAAACUACAAUGACUACUGGCGAGUGAAGAUCGCAAUAACAAAUUUCAACUACCGGUUGAACUACACCCAGUGGACUCUUGUUGCUCAGCACCCAAAUCUCAACAAUGUCACUCAAGUUUUUAGCUUCGAUUACAAGCCUCUCAUUCCCUACCAAUCCGUCAAUGAUACAGGAAUGUUCUAUGGCAUGAAGUUCUACAAUGACCUACUAAUGGAGGCAGGGCCAUUUGGAAAUGUACAGUCAGAGGUCCUCCUCCAGAAAGACAAGGACACUUUCACCUUCAAGCAAGGAUGGGCAUUUCCCCGGAAAGUCUACUUCAAUGGUGAUGAGUGCAUGCUGCCCCCACCUGACGCAUACCCUUUUCUACCAAAUUCUGCCAGAGAAAACAAUUCAAUAGGGCUAGAAGUUUUGAAGCCAAGAGACCUCCAAGACAGAGAAUUGGGAUUUCAGAACAAUCUCACCAGAUUAUCAACGAUUGAUCCACAAUGCAAUGUUGCAGACAUGGAUACUGAAGAACAAACUAUUCCAAGGAUUCUAAAGGUUGUAGACUUGCACUAG